UGCCACCAAAAAAGAACGCUACAUUCUCUAACCGUCUCUCUUUAAGUUAUAUCAAAAAAGAACAACAACAAACAACGAACAAAAUAAAUUACUUGCAUAGAAGAAAAAAUGUAGUUGUAAAAACGCGCGGAAAAGUAAUCACAGAGAAGACCAAACAAUACAAAACAUACAACAAGGAAAUCUCCAAACAUUUGCCUUAAAAUUUUUGAUAAAAACUUUAUACAAAAUAGCCGCGGUCCGGCGGAACAUUUCCUCCAAUCCAAUCUCCUAACAAAACGAAGACGAGACAACGGUGAUUGUUGGUUGGCUUGACACGGGUAGGUUACGUGCGGUUAGAAGCGAGGCAGGUCAGGCGAAAGAGAAAUACAUUAGCAAACAACCGACCGACCGAUGGAAAUAAAAUAACAAUGAGUGAAUAGUGUAAUGGAAGGAAAAUUAAUUUGGGCGGAAAAAUAUUCUGGCGACAACGGCAAAGACUUCUUUGUGAAAAAUCCUACGCAAGUUUUUCAGCCAUUGCCAUCAAACGCUUGGUGAUAAAGAUUAACUUGACGGACGCUAAUAGAACGGAAACGGUAAACAGUAUCAAGGCAGCCGUUCUAUUGCUACGGAACUAUUAUCGUUGUGGCGACGGUCAACAGUUUUUCUCAUCUAUAUGUUUGAUGCAUUGUUGUGAUUGAUAUUUUUAUGAUUGACUUCCGACAAAUUCUCUAGACGGUUUUUGCAUCUAGUGGUGUGGUGGUGGUAUUUAUCUCUACUCAACCGUAAAUUGCAUAGACAAAAUGGUGCGCCGACGUACGCGCGCCUGUGCCAAUUCUAAGGCGCCUGUUGAACUUAUGACAAAUGGUGGAUCUGCUGCAGCUGCCUUGGCCAAUGCCGCCCAACUGCUAGAAGAACAAUACUUUGCUAGCCCCAAGAGGAAAGAUUGUAAAGUGGAGGAAUCAGCUUGUGAUGAAGGAGGUCGUAGCAGUGCCAGCUCAUCUCCGACAAACAUUCAGACCGAAGAUGCUAAUGCUCACAGAACUAAACAUAAAUCCAUCAGUCCCAAUAAAGUAAAGGGUGGCAUAAAUGGGCGCACAAUUGGUGUCCCUCUUGCAACUCGCUCCCAAACACGUACCAUUGAAAACUUCUUCAAAGCUAAUGCUGCCAAACAGAAUAAAAUCACCAAUUACAUGAAUGGCCAUGACGAUUCUAUAAACUCCACGGAUACACCAAAAACAAUACAACAGCCAACAUUAUCUGCAUCCGUGACGCCACCACAAAUGACACAGCAACAACAACAGCAUAUUGAACAACAAAAACGACAAAUUAAUGGCGACCAUAACUACCAGCAGCAGCAACAUUUGCCACCAGUUAUAAGUCGACGCAGUUUGGAUCACAUUGUUGUGCCACAAGAAUUUAUAUUUGAUCUAAGUGAGGAUACGAACGAUAGCGAACACACCGAUAUAUCGGACGAGGCCGCAAUGUUGCACUCAGGGAAUGACGACGAUUGUGCAGGACAUAUGACAAAUGGCCUUGAUUUUACCACACACCGUUCAUCACAACGUUCCGAUAGUCAUUCAUCGUCACACAGUAGUUCAAACACCAGUGGAACAGACAACAUAUUCCUGCAGGAGCCAGUCUUGACGCUCAAUGUGGAUAAGUCGCCAAAUCAAGCCUCGUCCAUAGUAAUAAACAAAACGCUCGAAGUACAACCAAAAUUCUCUUCACCAAAUCAAGUAAACAAAUCACUAGAAGUUCAAGCGAAAUUUCCUUCGCCAACAACUUUAUCUGCCUCUGUCCUACAUGGACGUUUCAAUCAAAUUGUGUCGUUAAAUGCAUCGCCGGCAAAAGAUCCACCUGGUAGCUAUGAAAAGAAAUCCAUGGAAUUGAGUUGUCAUGAUUAUGCUUUACUAAUGAUGCCUGAAAAUGACAAUAGUUCCUGCGACAGUGGUGUGGCCUUCCACACCACCGUCACAACAACACCACAAUGCAAUGGUACUUCCAAUACCGAGGGACCAGUCGAUGGUCCAAUCAAUCAGUCAGUAGCAUCAGCAAUAGCUUCUCCAGCAGUAGCGGCAACAAACCGCAGGCGUAAACCAGCAACACCUCAUCGCAUUGUCUGCUGCCCCUCACCUAUUAAAUCACAGCCAAGAGUUAAUUCCCCGGCCGGUUCUCCAUCGCCACGUAAAAUGGCUUCGGCUCUCUCACCUCGCAAGUCACAAAGACACGUUACUACUACCGCCAUGGCAGCAGCCGGUGGUGGAGCUGCUGUUGUAACGGCACCCAACAAAACUAGACGAAGACUGAAUCAAUCGCCUCCUAAAGAACAAAAAUCUGCCUUAGACGCUGAAACUAAUCGACAGGAUGAUGAACCUGUUGUUGUUAUAGUCGAUGAUGAUGUUGAAGUCGAAGACGAUCAUGAUGUAGAAUGUGAAAAUAUGGCCACAAAUACAGUCGAUAUGAAGUUAAACAACCUCCCGCCGCCAUCUCUUGUGAAUGGUGGUAGUGCGUCCAAGUCCAUUUUAAAUUCAGCAAAACAUCCAACAAAUCAGCAAAAUGCCACCAACAACAAAGGUAAAUCCACAAAAGCCCAUCACAAAACCAAAUACACCGUUCAGAGGCCUCAGCACACAGCUCUGAAACACCAAGCGCCUCAGCCCUUGGCGGCCACAAAUGGCAACCGUGAAAUAACUGACUGCUUCCCCGUACGACGAAGUGUGCGCAAAACAAAAACUGCCGUCAAAGAGGAAAUGAUGCGCAAUCUGGAACAAGCCAUACUUGAAGAACGCUGUGAAGGCCUUAAAAUCGCCUACUUUGAGGGCAAGGGACGUGGCAUUAUUUCCGAAAGGCGUUUCCAACGUGGCGAAUUCGUAAUCGAAUAUGUGGGUGAUCUCAUCUCGACCGCUGAGGCAGCGGAACGUGAAAAACGCUAUGCCUUAGAUGAAAACGCAGGCUGUUAUAUGUACUAUUUUAAGCACAAAAAUCAGCAGUAUUGCAUAGAUGCCACCGAAGACACUGGAAAGCUGGGGCGUCUGGUAAAUCAUUCUCGCAACGGCAACCUGGUAACCAAGAUUGUGGUGGUCAAACAGAAACCUCAUUUAGUUUUAAUAGCCAAAGAUGAUAUUGAGGCAGGAGAGGAACUGUGUUACGAUUACGGUGAUCGUUCAAAAGAAUCAUUGUUACAUCAUCCGUGGUUGGCUUUUUAGGAGAUAGUAAGAUGUCGAUGACAAAAUCAACAACAACAUUUAUUGUUAAAACAUUUACAUUUAGGCGCAGAUAAACCAAUAAGCAAGACACAAUAACAUUAUUCGCUCCUUUUGUUUCGCUCAUUGUUUCUUUUGUAAGAAAGUUCUUAGAACUUGAAAAAAAAAAAAAACAACAACCUCAAGCAACCACACCACCAUCCCCCUCACAUAACAUUACAUGCGUAUAUACAGCGAUUUUUUAUUUUUAAUAUUUAGUAUUGAACUAGGAGAAUAUUUUAUUUAAAAUCUAAAAAGUAGAACACACACAAAACCACAAACAUUCAACAUUUAAAUGUUUCAAAUAGUCGUAUUUUUUCUCUUUUAAGUUCAUACAGACAAGCUACAAUGUGGGUAUUUUUUACCUUUUGCAGCUAUUAUAAAUCAAUUGUACCCUGCCUAUCUACUAUCUAGCAUGUUAGCUAGCUAGCGAUCACCAUGUUAUCAAAGAAAUUGUAUUUAUUUUAAAUGGGAUACUUAAAAUACCUUUUUGCCGAAUAUUGAAUAAUUUUGAAAUGAUUUUAUGCGACAGGUGUAAAAUGAAAACUUUUUUGUAUUUGAUUUGAUUCAAAUUGAAUAACAUUUGAAAAUCGUAUAGAUUAAAUUAUUUCAAUAUUUUUUUUUAGAAGAGAUUGAGACUUAAAUUUUAUAUUUGUAACAAUGAAGAAGGUGGAGAGUAUAAUAUCGACCAAAUCAUUAAAAAAGACUAGAAAAAUUAUUUAGUAAAAAAAUUUCAAUUUUUAAUUCAAAGCGAUUUUCAGUGAGGCAAAAUGGGAAGAAAACCUUUAUUUUGGAAAACAUUUGUUGUAUUUUCUCUCGGUUCUCUUAACAGGUUAAUUAUGUAUGGGCCAUGGGCUGAGAUUUCUGAAUUGCCGGCACAUAAUCAGAUAAUAUCCUGUAACAUGUUGACUAUGGGAAAACAUAUUCCCCUGUUAAAUCUUCUUGUUUGAUCGUGCCCUUGUACAGACUACUAACCAAGUCGUUUUACCUUUCUCUCAGACUGGGGAUAGCAGAUAUUGUUGAAUUGAAAAAUUGUGAUUUAGUAUCAUAAUGUAUAUUUUGAUGCCCAAAUACGACUGAAACUUGAUCAGACGUUUAUCUUAGCUUAAGUUUUAAGAGUUUAUUCUUGCUGAAAAUCGCUUACAUUGCAUUCUCAACGUUCAUACAUUCUUUUUCUUUGCAAAAUUUCCUUAAGCUCAUUUUCAUUUCCUUUCCCACGCAUUCAGCAGCCAGUAGUCAAAGUCUCCAAUGUUAUUUAUAUUUUUGCAAGUAACAAAAAAGUUUUUUUUAUUUAAAAUACAUUUAUGCAAAAAUGGUUCUCUUUUAAGAUGCCUAAGAAAGAAAAUAAAAUCAAAUCUUAAAUAUAAAAGAAUUGAAUUUGAAAACAAAAAACUGUCUUAUGUUGUAUGACAAAAACGAAAUGCAACAGAACAUAAACAUAUAUUAACUCUUAGAUUUAUAGCCUCAGAAAGAAAACCACUGAAGUUAAAAUAAGCAACUUUACGUUUACAUAGGAAAAGUAUAUAUUUAAUUGUUAAUACAAUAUAAAAUAUAAACGAAAGUAAAAAUACAUUUUCGCAACAUAGGUUAAGACUAAAUUUAUAACAAAAAAAAAAAAAACAAAACACAACAACUCAAAUUAAGGUUUAUAUUCAUUUUUGUAGAGCUAAUUUAAUUGUUAAAUAUUUGUUUCAUCACAAGCAAGUUGGAAAGAAAAACAAAAAUUUAAUCUUAUUAUAUAACUGCAAUUGAGAAGCAGCUCUAACAAUGAGUGCUAUCGUCCCACUAUUCUGCCCCCUCACCCACCCCAUAAAAUUGUUGGUCUGGUACCUUUGUUUCCAAUACAAACAUAUUUCUUCCUUUUUUAAUGUUAAGUUUUUAUCAAUGCACUAUCAUCUGGUCCCCAAUUAGAAAUAGAAAUAAAAUAUACUUUUUAUAUUUCAUAAAUUUAGUUCAACCUUCUUGAACAUUCUUCUGCCACCAUCAUCCUUUUUUUCUUUUUCACAAAGUUCCCCACAGCCCACAUAAACAACAAGUUUUAAUGUACAAUAAACUCAAAUAUUUUUUUAUGAUUACCCAUUAGUAGCUUAAGUUAUUACAAAACAAUUAUAAAUUUCAUUAAUUUUUCCUCUUUAAUUUAUUACUCUUCAGUUUGUAACUUACUUUUUAUUAUGAAUAAAGAAAUGACAUCCAUUUACCAUUAAUUUAUAUAAA